AUGUUUGGUAUGAAGACCCUCAAGACUCUUCUCUACUUCGUCUUAGUUGGCUUUGCAGCCACUGCCUUGAACCGAUACCUUGGCGUCGCCGCCUCUCCAGUCUUUGACAUGUCAGAGCUUAUGGCUCGCGACGGAAUUCCCCACAUGAACAUCUUCUAUAAGGGCGAGCACUAUGACAACGGCACAGGCUAUAACUUCGACCUCUAUACUGUCGAUGACUCGCUCGAUGAAAUUUUCGCUUUCGCUAGUUACAUGGCUGCAUACGAUGAUGAAGAUGACGGUGACACUUCCCCUGACCUCGAGAAACGCGAUUGGUACGAUUGUCAACAUCUCUCUAGCAUCCAGACCCUUGGCUGCAACAGUGGCCAUGCUCUUGGCAGCUUCGUCUCUGCAACCGGCUCAGCAGCAUUUGGCGGUUACCUUUCUGGUCUACUCAAGGAAGCCUUCUCCGGGGGCCGAGACAACAGCAGACCCAGAUCUGUUUGUCUGUCCCGCGACAAGAACAACUUGUGCGUUUCUUGGGCUUCGUAUACCGGCUCCGGGCUCCGUAGUGGCGAGGCCAACUCCAUCACCCAGUUCUCCACUGAAUGUGCUCAGAGUGACGGUAGUGCUGAAUUCAAGACCACCAUGAGCGACGGCGGUGUUCUGUUCAUCUGUGUCAGUAACAGAGCUGACGGAUGUGGCAAGAGUGUUUGUUGA